AUGGCACUUCUAUUCAUCAGAAACAUCCUCUUCCCAAGAUCUGGUUACACUGCAGUGCCGCCGAGCAGUCCCAAACAUCUCGAAGAACGAUCGAUAGAUGGCGGCUUCAUCCACGAAAAGCUGUCACCCUCAACGCAGCAGAGCUCACAGUUCCGGAUCAACCCUCGAAUCAUCUCCGACGCCACAAUUGGACUGUCAGAUGGCUUGACCGUUCCCUUUGCACUCACAGCCGGACUCUCAGCGCUCGGAGACACCAACAUUGUGAUUUAUGGCGGACUGGCAGAACUCAUCGCCGGCGGCAUCAGCAUGGGGCUCGGUGGCUACCUUGGCGCAAAGAGCGAAGCAGAAGCGUACAAUGCCGCUCUGUCAGAAGUCAGAACCAUCGUUUCGAGCGACCACGACAGAGCUGCUAAGAUGGUCCGAUCAGCCUUCGAGCAGUAUGACUUCUCCGAGCAGACGCUAAAUAGCAUGACUACGGGACUCAUGGACGAGCCAGAGCAGAUGGUCGACUUCUUGAUGCGGUUCCAUCACCAGUUGAUCGAAGCCGAUCAUGCGCCCUCCAAGGCGUACACGUCCGGUUUGACGAUCUCGCUUGGGUAUUUCUUCGGUGGGCUGGUGCCGCUCGUGCCAUACCUCUUCUUCGCAAGCAUGCACGAAGCGUUCGUCGUCAGCAUUCUGGUAAUGGCUUUGGCAUUGUUUGCGUUCGGCUGGGCGAAAACUUCACUGCUAGGCGAGCUCGACCGAUGGAUAUGUCUCAAGAACGGCAUGCAGAUGAUGACGCUAGGCGGUGUCGCGGCAGGUGCUGCCAUGGGUUGUGUGAAAGCGGUAGGGAGUUGA